CCGGGAACCACGAAGUUGGUUAGCAAAUCCUGAUAUUGAGAAAAGUUCUGAUUCUUUUUCCAGCAGUAGUUGGAAAGAGUACGGAACAUUUGGUAGAAAUUAUGAAACAAGUUCAAUAUCAGACCACUCAAAAAUUGAUACUGCUCUGACCACCGAUUACGAUUAUUCUAGUGAAAACCAUAACACUAAUAUGCAAAGUAGUACAACUUCCUUGAAUUCUCUAGAAACUCAUGGUAAAACGGAAAGUAAAUCUGAUAGCAAACUUUUAGAUUUUUGGAAAGAUUGUGGAUUUUCCUCACGGACAUUUACUGAUUUUACAAAAGUUCAUGAUUCUUUAGAAAACCCUAGAGAUAAUAUUGGUCCUUGCUAUAUGGGAAUCUGUCUUCCCAUAAAUAUAAAUGAUAUGUUUCCAUCUGAAGGAACUGAAAAGAAUAAUGAAUCUAUAAAUCAAGAUAUAGAUAAAUCAAGUGGCUGGUUGUCUGAGAAAAAUUAUAAUAUUCAAUUUGAUAUGAGUAAUUUUGAUAAUGAAACAUCAUUUAAGCAUGAUAAACAAAACUGUUUGCUGUGUUGUAGAUCAGGAAAAGUUCAAUUCAAACCAAAUGUUUUGCCUAAAUUAUUGAUUGUGAUGAGAGCAUUUCUCAAAGCUUUAGCAUGA